GAUGUAGCCUGCUGCAUAGGAAUUUCUCAGCACUUUUCUUAUAAACCAAGAAAAUGAAUAAACUGGAAAAAAUGUCAUUUCCAGCCAGUUUUGACAACAUAGAAGCAUUUAAGACUAAAGGAACAGUGUUGACCUUAAAAGAAGCAGCAUUAGCCUCAAACACACCUGUGGAAAAAUUAACAGAAAACUUGGCUGUUGUCGUUUGUUGUUAUUGUUUAUUUAUUUUAAAAUUGAAUCAUUAUCUAGUCCAGGCACAUUGUCCUGAAUUGGAAAAUACUCAGUUGUAUCUCCCCUCCUACUGUGAUGUAUAUAUGCUAAGGGAGUAUUGUUUUCUUGGUGAUAAAGCCUGUUACACUAAAGCUACGGAAGCCAAAUAUUUUUAUUCAUUGAUGAAAUCGCCAAGUUUAUACAGCAGUAGCCAAAACAAAAAGCUUUGUGAAAAGUUGCUGAAAUAUUUGUCAAAAAACCUCAGUUCUCAGUCUAAAAUGAUCACAUCCCCAAAGAGGGUUGAAAGAGCAAUUAUAAGUAUGCGAACCACUAAAGAACCCAGCAGUUUAAAACAAAGCAAUCCAUCAUAUACAGUUACCCAGAAUACACUGGUUCAAGAUAGCACCACCACUGAAACAAAUAAUUCUACAUCUGAUCAGUUAGCAUUGUUAUCAGCUUAUAAUGAAACACAAAUUGAGCAAUGGCUAGUGAAGAAUUUUGAAAGUCAUUCAAAGAUUACUAGAGAUGCCCAGAUUGCAUACUGGUGUUUGGUAUUCCUGGUGUGCCUUAUGCUUCUGGCUAUGUGGUGUCUAAGAGGUUUUCACAACCGCAAUACUAGAAAAAAGUCUGUUUCCUGUCUCGAAGAAUCUGAUUUGUUAACUGUAAAUGAACUGGUCUUAAAGAAAGCUCAAUACCUACCAAUGUUCAACAAGAAAGAUAGAGUGGUUGAAGUAUUUGUUCAUGAUUGCGGAACAGAUCCUUGAUACGUUUACAUCAUUUACAUUUGUUUUAGUUUAAUUUUUUAAUAAUUACUUACAAGUGCCAUUGUAUAAUUUUAGACUGGGUAUUUUGAUCUUUAUAUAUAUUUAUAUAUUUAUGUGUAGAACUGCACAAUCUAAUGGCUAUUUGUAUGUUAUACCUCUUUUAUGUUUGAGAAUUUUCAUAGAACAAUGUUUCUCUGGAGAUUUCCUAGAGAACAUUUUAUUUUCUUGAUUUAAUUUAGAUAAACAUGAGAGAAAAAGUUGAUUAUAUAGAAUUAAGUAAAGAAAAUAUAGUCAUAAUUUUGAUGCUUCUUUAACAACACAUCUGGUUACAUUACUAAAGUGUUCAUUUCUAUGUGACACCUUGAAUUAUGUUUGAAAAUAAUCUCCUUGUCAUUGAAAGUUUAUGUAGUACUAACAGUGUGUUCAACUAGGGCAGGAUGUUUAGUAAUUCUAAAUGACUACUACUUUGAAUUCAUGUCAUAGGAUUAUUGCCCAUGUAUUUUAGAUUUGUAUGAUUUUUUUUGUGCAUGCGCUUAAGUUUAAAGACCUGUCUAUUACAAUUGUAAAGUACAAUCAGUCAAAAACUUAGACAUAUCGCUUGUUGGAACAUACUUUUUGGAUUUCUGAGUCAUAAAGUUUAUUUUAGCUAUUUAUUUACAUUAUGUACCAAUAUAUGGUACCAGCUAGUUUUAACAUUUACACGUAAAGCAUUUAUCAUAUAUGCUGUGAUACAUUCAUUUAUACAAAAUGUUCAAUUGUAAUCCAUUUUCAAUUUAUUUUUGCAGU